GUGAAACUAUCAUCAGCUUAUAACCAUAUUUCGAUAUCUUUUCUUUAUGAAAGCAUUGCAUUAUUUUUACACAUAACUUUAUGUUCGUUGUGUUUCCGAUUGCACAGUUUAAGUGAAUCAUGGCGGUACAAACAUGAGACCUUAAGCGAAAGGCGGGUAAUUCGACGAGUAACUAUAAAGUUCAGUAUUGACUGAUGUGAUGAAAGUCACCAGUGUUAAGCUCACCUGAUCUAAAACCCAGUUCUACCUGCUAAUAAAUAUUUCAUAUGACUGGGAAUUCACCAAAGCCUUGAGUUGGAAGUGUAGUGACUACGGAAUUAGGAAAGAAGCUACUGGUGUCCAAGUUACAGUAUUCUCAAGGCAUCAGUGGAGCUUGAUUUACUACAGGAAUUUGGAAUAUUCGUUGUUUUCGUGGUAGUUUAUUCGUACAGCUGAAUGAGUACCUGUUGUUGUUUUUUUUAAUUUCUGGUUUUCAUGUCCAUAUUAAAUGUGUAGGUUAUCAUUAUUAGUUAUAUAUAUACACACAACCUUCGAAGACGAACGAUAGCAAAAUCUGAGUCGGUGAUAUUCAUCUAGUCAAAAAAAAUGACAGCCCCAGCACUACGUACCACAGGACUGAGGAACUUGCGAAGCGUUGAUACAGAAGAUGGCCAACCCAAGACACGGCGAAGGCACUUGGCCGCAAAGGCAGACAUCAGCACAAGUUCUCAAAGCUCUGAUGAUAAAACGACCGGUGAAACACCCAGACAGCUGAUACAAAACAUGCUGUCAGUGCACAAUACUGCACAGCCUGCUACCCGCCAACAAAAAAGAGUUUCCAGAUCUGAAGUAUCCUUGCGUAAAACAGUUGUCCACAAAACUGCUGUUCGUCGUUCUGUUUCUGCUACACCAGAUCUGGAAGAUGUUGCUAAAAAGUACACACCUCGAACCAACAUUGUAGGACUUUUAGAGCAAGCUCCUGAAGAAACUCCAGUUACACGACAGGCACCUACAUUAAGUGAAAGCCAUGCAGUUCCUAACGUCAGUGCUUUUCUAAGUGAAGUAGGAGUCUCUAUGAUUGAUGACAGCUUCAACAGUAACAACAAGAGUCUAAUCAAUGAGAGGGGUGCACGCUUUUGGGGGAAGAGGGGAAGACUUAAUAUCCUUCCAAAUGAGGUGAAACCUCAGGCCAACACUGCUUUGACCCCACAACCUCAGAAUGACACUGCCUUAACUCCACAACCAGAAGCUAUGACAAGCCAGCCACAAGAAGAGGAAGAAGAUGGUUUGCCUGAACAGCUUGAAGAAAACUCACAUAAUUUAUACAAAGAUAAGAACAAAAGCAACAGUCAAGAUUCAAGCAGUCAUAGGAAUGCAAAUGAAGUACAGAAUGAGGACAGAAAUAUUUUUGCUGAUGUAUUUGGCAGCAGUAGAGAUGCUGUUGUCCAACCAAGCAAUAAAGACCUGCCCGGGGCUGACAUCAUGACUCAAUCAGAGGAGGCACCAACAAGUGAUUCAGUGAAUGAAAGACAUUCACAGCUUGACAAAACGUUGGACAGUUCAAUCAAACAUACCGUCUCCUGUAAUCAGGAAGAUGGAGAACUGUCAAAGCCUUCAAAUGUUUCUCCAUCAAGUAUUUUACCAACACAGAUGCAAUCUUCGUUAAAUAACACAGCAGAGCAAACGGAGAGCCCUCGUCGUUUCAGUGGAAGAAUUCAGGCAAUUUCUGCUCGUAAGGUAGCGCUGAACUCACCUCAGCAGCAUAAGAAAACUCGUACUCCACCAAGCAAGAAAAAUGAUGAACUCAUCAAACAUCAGACAGUUGAUAAAAGUGAGGCUGACAAACAUAAAGAAUCUAUUCUAGCAGUCAUGCAAAGUGGGAGCACAAAGAAAUUGUCUCCUAGGACUUCCAGAGGUCGUCAUUUAAACCGCACAAAGUUGUCAGAGACUGAACACAGAGAAGAAAAAUCUAGAACACCAGUUACAACUAGCUCCAUGCUGACAAUGCAGACCUCUGGUUCUUCCUUAAAAUCUGUGAUGCCUGUCUACCCAAGUAAUGAUGCUCAGAUUAGCGGUAUGAGUGUGAGGGAUGGUUCCCCAUUGGGCACUGCUGAUGGCAGCAUAGAAAUUUCAGCCAGUAGACCAAGCUUGACCACACCAUCAGGUAAAAGUAUUCAGAAGCAGGUAGAAAACCAAGAUCCAUCUCUACAUGAGCCAAGGGAUUUGUCAGCCAGUACCACAGAGGCAGAGCUUCCUGGCGCUGAUGAAUACCUUAGUGAUGUCUAUUCACCUCUAAAGACACCAAAACUUCAUUCAAAGCCAGAUACACCAUUCACAAGAUCUCCUGCAGCUGAGAGAAACACUGUCCACAGAACAGUUUUGUCAGGUCAGAAAAGAAGAGCAGCACCUUGUUCAAGGCCAGCUAAGAAAUGCGUUAAUGGCCUGCCAACUCGUAUUGUCAAAGCAACCUUUGCUCAUUUUUGCAAUCUGCGGCUGACAAAAGAGGCUCUGGCAGAAGUGGAGAAAUCCUCUGAGCAGUACUGGCAGCGUAUGGCGGAAGAUUUGGAAGCUUAUGCUGUCCAUGCACAUCGAAAAACAAUCAACGAGUCUGAUGUAGAACUGUUGAUGAAAAGACAAGGCUUGAUCACAGAUUCAUGUUCUCUCAACACGCUCAUUGCUACAUACCUGCCUUUGGAGUUGCGGCAAGAGCUAAUUCCUAUUGCACGUUCUGGAAACAGGAUAGAGCCAAAGCCAUAAUAAAGCAGCAGAAGAGGUUGAAGGGAAUGUAGAAAAGAAGCUACUGGUUCUUGACCUACUGGAGGAAGUCAUCUACGAAUGUGAACUGGUUUAACUAUGGUCUUUAGAAAAUGGUGCUUGGAUUUAAAUUAGUUCAGAGCUUUUAUUUAUGCAGUGAUUGCAUUUUGUUUUUAUGCCUGUUCUAUUAGGGGAAAAGAUGCACAGAAAUAAAAAUGUGAUGAUGCUUCUUGUGGGGAUUAAGUUAUGAGUAUUGUUGAUCAUCUGUUCAAGAAGGAAAGAAGUAGGAAAGCAUAAAUUUAAAUGUGAACUGAACCCGUUUGCACUUGUUAUAAAUGAUAUUUUGUUAAUUGUCUGUGUUUACAUACACUAUAAAUCCUUGUGUAUGAAUUCAUAUCUAACCAGUAAAUUUGCAUACACCAAAAAAGAUUCCCUCAAAAUUUCACUGACGUGUGCAAGGCCAGCGAGGUACAAAAUGAUAUUGAAUGCAAAUGUAGCUGUAAUUUUUCCUUCCGGCACUAUAUUUUACAUUUAGAAAAAAAUACAUUGUUCAGAUUAGUUGCUGGAGAUUACUUAAGGAUGAAGAUGGCAAAGCAAAUAAGAAAGAAAUCUGCAUAUCUGAUUGUUAUUACAUCUUCUGUUUCAUGGAGCUUAUUUUAUUUUAUAUCAAACAUACCGAGCAAAAGAGUGAAAUUGCCAGAAGUGAUUUUAGUUUGAUGGGUCCCUUUUCUACUCUUUUUUAUCAUGUUGUCUUAAUAAAAGGAUUUUAAGAUCCUA